AUGGCCUCCCCCGCAAGCACCAUCUUCCGCGCCUCGCGCCCCCUCUUCCGUCAGGCUACCCUCGCCGCACCCGCUCGACAGGCUUUCCGUCAGCAAACAUUUCGACAGAACUUCUACCAGGGCAGCGGCCGUCGAUGGCAGAGCACUGAUGGCGCCCAGCAGCAGCAGAGCUGGUUCAAGCGCAUGAUGGAGAGCGAGGUCGGCUUCAAGACUGUGCAUUUCUGGGCUCCCGUCAUGAAGUGGGCUCUUGUCCUUGCCGGUAUCUCCGACUUCGCUCGUCCCGCCGAGAAGCUCUCUUUCACUCAGAACCUCGCUCUGACCUGCACCGGUAUCAUCUGGACUCGAUGGUGCCUCAUCAUCAAGCCCAAGAACUACCUCCUCGCCGCUGUCAACUUCUUCCUCGGAAUGGUCGGCCUCGUCCAGAUCACCCGAAUUCUCAGCUACGAGUCAGCAAAGAAGAAGAGCCUGGAGGGUGUCGUUGAGGACAUCAAGGCGGACGCCAAGGAGACCAUCCAGGAGGCCAAGCCCUAA